ACGAGACUCCUUACCAAGUAUACAUAUGUACAUUAACUUCAUCCCAUAUGGCUUUACUGUUAGUUUAGUGGUUUUUAAAAUUAGUGCCUCUCUUUCACAAUUCUUGUAUAAGGAAAACUCUCUCUUUAAACUAUUCUGCAACUGGUAAUUAAUUCCAGUAACAGUAUUCUUCAAAAUCUGUAGAAAAUUUAAUUAUUAAACAGGCUGACAUGUGCAUAUACAUAUACAUGUAAACUUUCCAUAUGUAAUUAUUGAAUAAUCAAAAUGGAUAUGUCGAUGAGUGCAAAAGAUAUUCGUCAGGCGUACAUAGACUUCUUUAAGAGCAAGGGUCACCAGUACGUGCAUUCCAGUUCGACAAUACCACACGAUGACCCCACCUUGCUCUUUACCAAUGCUGGAAUGAAUCAGUUCAAGCCAAUAUUUCUUGGAACUGUAGAUCCUAACAGUGACAUGGCGAAAUGGGACAGAGUUGUCAAUACUCAAAAAUGCAUCCGUGCUGGGGGUAAGCACAACGAUUUGGAUGAUGUUGGAAAGGAUGUAUACCACCACACAUUUUUUGAAAUGAUGGGCAACUGGUCCUUCGGAGAUUACUUCAAGAACGAGAUCUGUACAUGGGCCUGGGAAUUAUUAACUGAUAUAUUAAAACUUCCUAGCGAUCGCUUAUAUGUGACAUAUUUUGGUGGUGAUGCAAAAACUAACUUACCUCCAGAUGAAGAAUGUAAAAAUAUUUGGAUUCAACUUGGGGUUCCAGCUUCACACAUUUUGCCAGGAAAUAUGAAGGAUAAUUUUUGGGAGAUGGGAGAGACAGGUCCCUGUGGUCCUUGCAGCGAACUGCAUUAUGAUCGAAUUGGUGGAAGAGAAGCUGCUCAUCUUGUUAAUAUGGAUGAUCCAGAUGUCCUUGAAAUAUGGAAUCUUGUGUUUAUACAGUAUAAUAGGGAGUCCGAUGGUAGCUUACGACCCUUGCCAAAGAAACACAUUGAUUGUGGCUUAGGGUUAGAAAGGCUAGUCUCUGUUAUUCAAAAUAAGCGUGCCAACUAUGACACUGACCUAUUCGUGCCCUUGUUUGAAGCCAUUCAGAAAGGAACUGGAGCUCGUCCUUAUCAAGGGAAUGUGGGAACCGAUGAUAACGAUGGCAUUGACAUGGCCUAUCGAGUGUUGGCAGAUCAUGCUCGUACCCUUACAAUUGCUCUUGCUGAUGGAGGAGUGCCGGAUAACACUGGUAGAGGAUACGUACUACGAAGAAUCCUAAGAAGAGCUGUUCGUUAUGCUACUGAGAAACUCAAUGCCAAACCUGGAUUUUUUGGUUCAUUGAUCCAUGUUGUUGUGGACCUUCUUGGGGAUGUAUUCCCGGAAUUAAGAAAAGACCCACAAUCAAUAGUUGAUAUUAUCAAUGAAGAAGAAAUUCAGUUCCUUAAAACAUUAUCAAGAGGUCGGAAUUUAUUAAAUCGAACGAUAGCAAAAUUAAAAUCAACUACUGUUGUGCCUGGAGACAUUGCUUGGCGUUUGUACGAUACAUAUGGCUUUCCAGUAGACUUAACUCAGCUCAUGACGGAAGAAAUUGGUCUAUCUGUCGAUAUGACUGGAUACGAGGAGGCCAAAAAACAAGCUCAGAUUAUAUCUCAAGGUAAAACAGGAGGUGCGGACGACUGGAUAAAUUUAGACGUUCAUGCCAUUACUGAAUUACAAAAUAAAGGCAUCAAAACAACUGAUGACACUCCGAAAUACGGCUACUCAGUAAAGUCUGAAGAAAAAUAUUCAGAGUAUGAAUUUGACACUUGUAUUGGCACGGUGGUUGCACUGCGACGUGCCAAACAAUUUGUAGAGUCGGUGUCAUCUGGUGACGAAGUGGGAAUUCUGUUAGAUCGGACAAGUUUUUAUGCGGAACAAGGUGGUCAAAUUUAUGAUGAAGGUUUUCUGGUGAAAGUAGACGAUGAGAACACGGAAAUCCGUAUCAAAAACGUGCAGGUCAGAGGAGGUUAUAUACUGCAUAUUGGAACAGUGUGCGAAGGUACAUUACGUUCAGGUGACAAGGUUUCAACGAACGUGGAUACUGUUCGAAGAAGGUUGAUAAUGAGCAAUCACACUGCUACACAUAUUCUUAAUUAUGCUCUUCGGAAUGUACUUGGUACCGAGGCGGACCAAAAAGGAUCAUUAGUUGCUCCUGACCGAUUACGCUUUGACUUUACUAAUAAAGGAAGCAUGAGUGCAACUCAAGUCAAGAAGACUGAAGAGACUGCAAAUGAGUUAAUUAACAACAAGAAAAAGGUUUAUGCAAAGGAGAGCAGCCUGGCUUUGGCAAGAACUAUCCAAGGUCUUCGAGCUAUGUUUGAAGAGACGUACCCAGAUCCUGUUCGAAUAGUCAGCGUAGGAAUUCCAGUAGAAGAUUUGGAAAAGAACCCCUUGAGUCCAGCAGGCAUGAAGACUAGUGUCGAAUUUUGUGGUGGAACUCAUUUGCAUAACGCAAAUCACAUUGGUGACUUUGUAAUAGUCAACGAAGAAGCUAUUGCGAAGGGUAUAAGACGUAUUGUAGCUCUCACUGGACCUGAAGCAUCUAAGGCCCUCAAGAAAGCCAGUUUAUUGGAAAAUCAAUUGAACCAAAUACAAACUGAGUUAAACGCAGAUAAAAAUGGUGCUAAUAUAAAAGAAUAUGUCAAAAGAAUCGUUGAGUUGACGGAGGACGUUUCACGUGCAGUUAUUCCUUACUGGAAAAAAGAUAAUAUAAGAAAUUCACUGAAGUCAUUGAAAAAAGCUAUUGAUGACAAAGAACGUGCUACGAAGAACGCCAUAGUGACAAUUGUAGCUGAAACAGCAAAGCAAAUGAUUCAAGACAUUCCUGGUGUUCCACUGAUGGUUGAAGUCUUAAAAGCUGAUAGCAAUACAAAAGCAUUAGAUGCUGCGAUUAAACAAGUUAGAGCGAUAUCCCCCGAGACUAGUGUCAUUUUCUUUAGUGUUGACAAUGAAGCCAAAAAAAUCUUUGCUCUUAGCUCUGUUCCAAAGAGUGCCAUUCAAAAGGGUUUGAAAGCUAAUGAUUGGAUUCAAAAAAUUGCUAUUCUCAUGCAAGGCAAAGGUGGUGGAAAGCCUGAGUCUGCACAAGCUUCUGGACCAAACCUUUCAUGUUUGCAAGAAGCAAUUACGGUAGCCAAAGUCUUUGCCAUGUCUAAACUUAAAACUGAAGCACAAGUUGCUGAAAUUCCGAAAAUGUGCAAUGCAUCAUCGGACCCGAAUGACGUCCUUACGAAGGAGAAGUCAAGGCCCAGUGGAUUGAUUCUUCUCACCAGUGCAGAAAGUGUGACACGAUACCGAGCGGAAAUAGUUGCCCAGUUCUGUCAACAAGUAUUGACAGUGGAAAUUGAAACAGAGAACAACCAAAAACUUCCAAUUCUACAGGAUGGGAGCCUAGAAUUACGAGAUAGUAAUGCAAUCGCAUUUUACUUAGCUGAUUCCUCUUUAAAAGGCGGAGAUAACCUCUUUGACAGGAGCCAAGUAAUCCAGUGGAUGAGUAUCGCAGAUAACCAUAUUUUACCAUCGGUGUUUAGUUGGGCAUUAGCUCUUUGCAGUUCUGGCAAGGGAAAAAAUUCUAAAAUGAUUUCCAAGGACGGUCGCGAAGACUUCCUAGCUAUGUUAAAAAAUGUAAAUACCCUGUUGCUCACUAAAACAUAUUUUGUGGGCGAUAGAAUAACACUCGCUGACAUUUCUAUGUUUGUCAGUCUUUUACCAUUUUACGAACAUGUCUUUGAUCCGGAUACUAGAAAAAAUUAUGUUAAUCUUAACAGAUGGUUCAACACAAUCCUACAUCAGCCGCAAGUAAAAAAUGUUGUGAAAAGUUUUAAAAUGUGCUGCCAACGAAAGAAAAUAUAGAUAAAUACCAAUUGUGUACUAUCAUAAGGGCAAAAGAUUGCGAUAUUAUUUGCUACUGCAUGAUUUCGAAAGAUUAGAGUUUAUACCAUUUUAUACAGUGCCUUUAUCCUAUAUAGAAAUCAAUGUACUUUCUUUACUAGUUCUUUUUAUAAAU